AAAAAGAAGAGAGAGAACAAUAUAAUACAAAGAAAGCCUCUUCUUGUCUUCUGCAGCUGGAGUGGGAAUUGCUCAGAGGAAGGAGAGAAAGGGGGCAUUUGGCACUGGCAGCCCCUCCGAAGGCUGCAUUAAGCUUUUUCAACAAGGUUGGUUCAUCUUCUUGGACUUUCAGCUGGGAUUCCCAGAUGAGCGACUGACAUGUAGCGAGAUAGUCUUCUCAUUGAUGGCAGCAGUGACCUGCAGUAAUAUGUGUCUUGGGAGAGAAGCCGUGUGUGGCUUCCUGCCGUUUGCAAGACAUGAUGGUUUUCCAAACGAAGAGGACGGCACGUGUUUCCACUCAGGUCCUUUUAAUACCUUCGCCGAUGACAUUGCAUUAUCUCCAAGGGCAGUAUAACUCACCUUGAGCUUCCUUCUGGCAUUCCCCAUGACAUUUCUUCAUUCCUGGUGUCAGAGGUGAGAUGACGAGGGUAAUACAGUUGCCGGUGACCUUGUUGGUAUCAGCUGGAGAAGAGUUCACCCUGAAUUGCACUGUGAGAGAGACUGGACAACAACUAGAAGACCACCCAGUCAGGUUCAUUAAAAAUGUACAGCUCUCUAAGCAAAGAACGGGACUUGUUCCUAAAUUCCAUGCUGACUUCUCCAUCACCAUCAGUACUGCUGGACUUGGGGAGACCUAUGACUGUAUGAAAUAUGAAAAGGGGGGAAGAAAAGAUAUGCAAGAAGCCACUGCUGUCGAAAGCCAGAUAACAGAGAUCAUACAGGUGCCAGAGAGCCUGUCAGUGUUUGCAGGAGAAGAGUUCACUCUGGAUUGCCUCCUGAUAGGGAGGGGUCUGGUGGUACAAGGGCCAGGAGGGGUCCGGUGGUACAAGGGCCUCGACAGAACCCAGCCGGCCAUUUAUUCUCAAAAACAAUCGUCCCUUCGAGUGACAAGGCUUUUUCCUGAAUCCCCCACCGACUUCUCCAUCACCAUCAGUAACGCUCAAUCUGAGGAUGCUGGGACCUAUUACUGUGUGAAAUACAAAAAAAUAUUUAAUAUAGAGGCGGAAGAAAUGGUUGGGAAAGGCACCGUGGUUUCUGUGAUUGAUGUCAGAGGCCAGACACAAGAGAUUAUACAAGUACCAGAGACCUUGUCAGUGUCCACAGGAGGAGAGUUAACUCUGCACUGCAUCCUGAUGGGGAGCGGAAGUCCAGGAGGAGUCCGGUGGUACAAGGGCCCCGACAGAACCCAGCCGGCCAUUUAUACUCAAAAAGACGCCUCUCCUCGAGUGACAAGGCUUGUUCCUGAAUCCCCCACAGACUUCUCCAUCACCAUCAGUAACGUUCGACCUGAAGAUGCUGGGACCUAUUACUGUGUGAAAUACAAAAAGACAUCAGGAACAGAGGUGGAAGAAACUGCUGGGAAAGGCACCAUGGUUUCUGUGAUUGUUCCGCCUAAUGUACGAGUGGAAACCUACCCACCUCCUCCUGUCCACCUGAAUGGCAUGGUGACUCUCAUCUGCAACGUGGAACAUUUUUAUCCAAAUGUCAUAAAUGUGGCCUGGUUUAUGAAUAAUAAGAGUAAAAUGGGAACUGAUGAACCCAUGAUCAAGAAUUCCGUUGGGUUGUUCUCUCUCAAGAAUUCUCUGGUGGUGAGGGCAACUGAAGAGAAGAAUAUGUCCAUAUUUACUUGCCAGGUCAGACAUAAUUUCCAGCCUCCAAUUAACCAAACAGCAACAUUAAUCAUCCGGCCAUACACCAAAGAAGAUUGCCUGCUGUACUCCUACCCCACUGGCCUCUGGGUUGGACUUUUCCUGAGCAAGAUUCUCACUGGUUUCUUCCUCCUUUGCCUUUUUCUGAGAAAAGAACAUAGCAAGACAACUCCAGGAUGUAGACCUGGGAGUGCCCGAGAAAGUGGGGCAUCCAAACCCUCUGCCUAGGAUUUCUUGCUGGCUUUCCAACAUGGGAGAUGGGAGAAUUUAUCAACAUUCCCUCAAAUCCCAAAAAACAAUCUGCAACAAUGAAAGACAGCAUAUCCCAGUUAACCAGCUUGCAGAUCCUUGCCUGCCAUGAUCUGGAAUAGUCAAUAUUCAGUGCAGUAGAAGUCAUUUGUCAAGAUCCUAUACCUAUUUCUGUAUGUUUGCAUUGAGGUAUGCCAGUUUUUGUGCCUAAGGUGAAUAAACACAUCUGUUUGCUCUA